AAUACAUUUUUAUAUCCAUGCACAAAAUACUUCGACCUGCACUUUUCUUGCAUCUCAGGAUAGUUGUUUUUUUUGUUUGUUUUAGACUCACAAGUGAGCGUCUAGUCACGUACGCUUGGUAAAAAUGGGUCAGUAGUUUGAAAAAAAAAAAAUGCAGCGGAAAUAAAUUUUUCGCAUUUCAGCCUAACACCAUUGUCUCUGACUUGCAAACCUCCUCGAGACUUAGUGGAAAGACGAUCACAACGAUGGCGGAGCUGACUGCACUUGUGCUUCUCGGCGCAUUGGAUGAGUUUAGGCACCUCCGUUUUGUAUUUUCCACUUUUUCCUGCAUAUUUACUCUUCUUCUGUCUUUUUCUUCAGUUCUGAGUCAAUCCUACGUUCCGAUAACACUGAGCCUGGUGGAAGUUGGCGUUAACGUCACUUUGGCAUGCCCGCGCCACGACGAUAGAGGUGACAUAUUUUACUGGUACAAGAUGAAAUUCGGCUCAAUGGUCCAAACCAUUGUGGAGGGGUAUUUCGGGGAAAUGUCCCUUCGAGGACCGUUCAAGGACGGAAGAUUUGUGAGCGCGCGUACGGGUGACAUGUACGUUUUAAACAUCACAAACGUACACAAAGACGAUGAAGCGAUGUACACCUGCCAAGCUGGGACCUCAUACAACAUGGUGUUCACCGGUGGCACGCAUCUGGUGGUGAAAGACCCCAGACGCAAGUCCUUCCAGGUGAGACAAAUUCCGCAAAGCAAGUCGGUCAAAGGGGGCGAGUCUGUGACCAUCCAGUGUUCCGUCCUAGCUGAGAGCAAAGAAUAUUUCCGCCAAUGUCCGAACCAAAGCAGCGUCUACUGGUUGAAGUCAGGAUCAGGAGAGUCUGAUCCACACAUCAUUUACUCUGACAGUGAUGAUGAACAAGACCCAAGAAGCUGCGUCUACCAUCUCUCUCUGACCGUACUCAACUCCUCUGACACCGGAACAUACUACUGUGCCGUAGCCACGUGUGGACAGAUCCUGUUCGGACAAGGAACUCAUGUGGACACACAACAAGACGUGAAAGCAGCUGCCGUUUUGCUGAGUGCUCUGCUGGCCUCCUUCGCUGUUGUGGUCACUGUUUUAGUUGCUUAACUUGUAUUUUAUUUUUACCAACAGUAGUAUUUUUUUUAUCAUUUCAUACACAUCAUUUUGUAAAGGAACGUUUUUUGUUUUUUUUCCAAGGAGGCGCUGCUGUAGUGGCUGCUGGUGGCAGGAGCUCAUCCUUUUGUGUUCCUGAUGUUUCCCUCUUGUUUGCAUGUGUUUUGUUUUUGCCUUUUGGUUCGGGACCCUUUGGGACUUUUGUGACUUCUGCGGUGCUUUUUUGUGAACUUCUGGAUCUGCCUCCUUGGAGCCUUUUGGCCAUGGAGACCAGCUGCUGGGUCACUGCCACACCAGAGUCCGUUUGGAGAGACUGGAGGAGAUGCGGAUGAAGAGACAGGGCUGCGGAGCUGGGACGGACAAGCUUCACAGUGUCUUGGCUGAAUGAGCAGGUAUCGGACACCUCGGUCUCCUUGGACGUAUCUUUGCUCAUCCAUGCGGACUGGACACUGGCCGAGAGUUGGUGGGCGGCCGAGGGUGGAGUCUGCUCUCUUGUUUGCUUUGUUGGGUCUGCUCCUGUCUCUGGCCAUGCUCCCCCCACCCCAGCAGACGAUGGCGUGGAACACCGCAGAGGCCACCACAGUGUAUAUGUUUUUGUUGUUGUUUUUUUCCUUUUGUGGCUGUGUGUAGAAGUGGCUGGUUGCAUCACAUGUUCAUGUGUGCUAAGGCUAUGAGUUUUUGUUUUUCCUUGGCCUCAGUCUGGACCCCCUCUCCAGGGGCCCAGGCUUAGACUGAAUAUUUUAUUUUCUCACCGGAAGUUGGCAGACCCGUCAGCGAUCCUGUUCCGUCUCCCUGUAAUGUUGGUCUGCUCUUGAAUGGGAUUAAUCUGAAAAUCUUAAUUCCCCCUCUGGGAUUAUUAAAGUAUUUCGGAUUCUGAUCCUUUAAAAAUGUAAUUCAUGAAACAGUAGAUUCGGCUGUGCUUGCCAAAAAUGCUAAGACAGGGAGAAGACGUAGGAUUAAAUAAACUCUGCUUCUUCUUCUUUGUUUUGGACGUGUUGAGUUGUGCGAGUGUAAACAUGUGAUGCACUUCAAUGUAACUUUGACAACCAUGUUUACUAAACCAUUACCAAACACCACGACUGUAUGAAGAU